AUGUUGCCUUUACUCUUAAUAUGUUUAUUCGUGAGUGAAAUAUCCGGAACGAUAAACGAUAGCGAUAUCAGUAGAUACGAUACUUUGACGCUCAGAAAAUGCUGUGAAAAAAAUGAAGUGCUGGUAAAAAUUACAGAAUAUGAUUUAUACUUACUUGACCAUUAUAAGUGCAUGGAUAGUGAUUAUGUAAUGGAUCUUUAUAACGUGUCUGCAAUACCUCUUUUGAUGAACGAAAGUGUUAGAGUGCAAUCUGGUUUACCACUUUUUUGUGAUGACAUACAAGUCAAUCAAAUAAACAGUGCUGAAAGAGAGCUUUUUGUGUCAGAAGAUAAAUGCUAUGAUAUACUAGAGGCCGAAGUUGUAAAUGGCACUAUAAAAGAAAACAUUCCUCAAACUGUAGCUUUAACAUGCAAUACUACUGAAGAAUCUACUAAGAAUCUUCCGUCAGAGUUAAAAAUUAAUGAACUGAAAAAAUGCUGUCCCGAAGGGCAAGCAUACGAUACGGAAUACCAUGUAUGUAGAAUAAGCAACAUGGAGAGUGAUGAUGAAUGGUUUGUCAAGGCUUUAAAUAUGACUGGAAAUUAUAUUUACAACGUUGGUAUUGGAAUGCAAUGCAAAUUUGACGAAUACGCUGUGGAGCUUCCAGAAAGUUUAUAUUCUUUUUCCAUUGAUGGGAAUAAUUUGCAACUGAAAAAUAAGGAAGGCGGCCAAGAAAAAACUCUUUUUCAAGGGGAGUGGUGUGUUGAACGCCAAUAUGCUGGCAAAGGAUUGUUAGUACGAACUUGCACACGAAAUUGUUCGGGGUUUGAAGCUUACUGUGUCAGGAAAUGUUGUCCACAAGGAGAACAUUUUAAAGUUCGUCGUUGUGGGAGUUAUAUUAGUGUCUGUGUGCCAGAUGAAGAUAACAGUACAUUAUUUGAUUUAUCUACAUAUACGAAUCCAUUGCGCGAAGACAAAGAAGAUUUGUUUGAUGUAAUGGGUGUUCGCGUUGGUUUACAAUGCCCCGCUGGACGCUUCGCCCUGAACAAGUCUCUGUUCCAAGACGUCCAUUACCUUACACCACAGGGGAAUUUACAAUCGGGCUGGACACUAACUAAUAACUAUUGCUUGGAAAUAUUCGACAGCCGCCAUUGUCCAUCAAAGGAGAUUACUAUCAGCGGUGUGCUCUGCUUUCAACCCGCUCCUGAAAGUCAACAGGACAAAGACUUUCGUAUUUCUUUCGUGAUCAUCACAAUAUCAAGCGUAUGUCUGGCAUUAACAUUAAUUGUGUAUUGCGCGCUACCCGAGCUGAGGAAUCUUAAUGGUCUUAACUUGAUCUGUCACGUUAGCAUGAUGCUCCUGGCAUUUGCUUGUCUAGCCAGGGUCCAGUAUAGUGCAGUCGACGACGUCCAAACUUGUACAAUGCUCGGGUACGGCAUAUACUUUGGCUUCGUGGCAGCGUUCGCUUGGUUGAACGUCAUGUGCUUCGACAUAUGGUGGACAUUUGGGAGCGUCAGGACGGUCAAGUUGCUUCGAAAAUCCGCGUCAGAGAGGCGCCGGUUUAUUUUGUACUCCGUGUAUGCCUGGAGCACAACAAUUGUCCUCACACUCACCAUGUUUCUACUUGACCAUUAUCCUAUUUCUCUUUACCUUGAUGCCAAUAUUGGGACAGGUUCCUGUUGGUUUAGCGCUGUUCAAAACACAGAAACGGACUGGCCUCAUUACAUUUUCUUCGUAGUUCCAAUGGGCCUUGUGACUUGUACAAAUUUUAUACUUUGGCUCCUCACAGCUCGAUAUUGUGCUAAAGUCAAAUCCGAGGUUCAUCGUUUGCAAGCAGGAUCCGUUGGGGAAAGAGCUAAGAAAAGAUUCAGAAUAGAUAGAACCAAGUAUAUCCUGACUGGUAAGCUCUGGGUGGUGAUGGGAGCUGGUUGGGUAUCCGAGCUGCUGUCCACAAUCGUAGUCAGUCCAUCGUGGCUUUGGGACAUUGUUGAUCUCAUAAAUGGCCUGCAGGGAGUCUUAAUAUUUCUCAUAUUGGUGGUUAAACCAAAACUGUACUACAUUAUUAGAAGGCGACUGGGUUCGUCACAAAGACCGGGUCAGAAAGAUACAAGGUUAGAUAAGGGUGAUGCACAGAACGCCACAGCAUCAGGUCGCACUUCAUCCACUUUCCUGUCGAGAACCAUAAGUUCUGAUGAACGGACUAAUCUCAGAAUAUCUGGUCUUCAGGCAGCGAAGCAAGCGUAA